AUGGAUUCCGGAAGCAGUAGGAAUUUGGAGAAUACAGUGAAUAGGGACUGUCCUGACCAGCUUGUCCCAAAAAUAAACACAAACAAGAAAAUGUCUACCUUAGCAAGCCAGCCACGCAUCCUGGAAACAUCACAAGAAGUUAAGAAAAGUUAUGGAGAUAAACAGGUAGAAAUCACAGUGGAAAGAAUAAAAAUGACAAAGAGCAUCAAAGAAAAACAUAGCAAUGAUUUAGAGAAAGUGGCUUUUAAAAGAAAGGCAGAAAAUGAAGAAAAGCCAGCUGGAAAGAAAGAGGCAAAGAUAACGGAAUUUGACAGCACAUUGAUCACCAUGCCUCUGCCUCACAUCCCCUUAAAAAAUAUCAUGGAUGUGGAGACGAAGUUGGUCUACGUCGAUGAAGAGGAUGUGAGCUAUGAGUUUGUAGAGUCCUUCGUGUCUACUGGGAUUCGACCAUCAUGCCAAGCUGCUGAAAUUGUAGACCCUCUGCAUGUACCUAAUUUCACCUUUCUGCCUCAGAUUGACAAAUGGCUUCAGUUAGCCUUAAAGGAUGCCAGCUCUUGCUACAGACAAAAGAAAUACGCCGUGGCAGCAGGACAGUUCAGAACAGCAUUGGAGCUUUGUAGCAAAGGGGCAGCUCUGGGAAAACCAUUUGAAGCAUCUGCUGAAGAUAUAGCAAGUGUGGCAAGUUUCAUUGAGACAAAGCUUGUUACAUGCUAUCUACGCAUGAGGAAACCCGACCUUGCCCUGAAUCAUGCACACAGGAGUAUUGUUUUAAACCCAGCUUAUUUCCGAAAUCAUCUUCGCCAGGCAACAGUGUUUAGAUGUCUGGAGAGAUAUUCAGAAGCUGCUCGGAGUGCCAUGAUUGCUGACUACAUGUUCUGGCUCUGUGGAGGAAGUGAACAGUGUAUAAGCAAGCUCAUCAAACUGUAUUGGCAGGCCAUGAUUGAAGAAGCCAUCACCAGAGCAGAAUCUUUCUCAGUUAUGUAUACACCAUUUGCAACAAAAAUCAGAGCUGAUAAAAUAGAAAAAGUAAGAGAGGUUUUCACAAAAACUCAUCCUGCAUAUGUGGAAUACAUCUACACAGAUCUUCAAGGAGUCCACAUGUUGCCUCAGACAGCUGACUGGUCAUCUUUUCCUCCCCAACAAUACCUCUUGACUCUUGGGUUCAAAAACAAAGAAGACGGAAAAUUUUUGGAAAAACUAUCAAGUAGGAAGCUGCCUACAUUUACAGAACAUAAAACUCCCUUCGGUCUGCUGACCAAAGAAGACACAGUGAGGCACAUGGAGACAAUGGGGAAGCGGAUCUUGCCAAUACUGGAUUUUAUUAGAAGCACCCAAUUGAAUGGGAGUUUCCACGGGUGCUCGGGUGUGAUGGAGAAGCUGCAGUAUGCCAGCCUCCUGAGCCGGCUGCAGAGAGUGAAGGAGCAGUCCCAGGUGAUCAAUCAAGCAAUGGCGGAGCUGGCAACCAUUCCCUAUCUACAGGACAUCAGUCAAGAGGAGACGGAAUUGCUGCAGUCACUAAUGGCAGAUGCUAUGGACACCCUUGAAGGAAGAAGAAACGAUAAAGAACGUGUGUGGAAUACAAUCCAAAAGGUUGGACGAAUUGAAGACUUCCUAUACCAAUUAGAGGAUAGUUUCUUAAAAACUAAAAAACUGAGAACCGCUAGAAGGCAAAAAACAAAACUGAAGCGGCUUCAAACUGUGCAGCAAAGCUAG